UACAAGGCGCCACCAGUGCAGUCGAUACUGUCACGUCACCGGCCCAUCCAACGACUUGAACGUCAGGAGUGGACACCUCAGCCGCGCAAGGCAUCUGCACCUGACUCGUCCACACCAAGCUCAGCAAGGUCUAAGCUGUCGCUGGCUACCGACCACGCGCGCUCGAUGUCCGCCGAAACUGGCACGCCAAACUCGGGCAAGAAGCAGCUUCCACUACCACCUGACAUGGUGUCACCCAUUUCACCCCUAAGCCACCUUGACUCGCUGCUGCGCGAAGAGCAAGACAAGCUUCAUCAGCGACGAAACAUCGAGCACGCUAUCGUUGAUCUCGAGAAGAUCCAGAAGGCCAGUCCGAUGGAGGUGUCCUUUGCUCAAGUCCGCGAUGCAAAUACUAAGCUACAGGAGCUGCGAGCUACGCUGGAGGAGAUCAAGCUCGAGGAGCGAGAGAUUGGCAUCAAGGUCGCGCGGGCGCGUAGAAAGGAGGGCGAUGAGGAGACUGGGCUGUGGAUUAGACGUGUUGCAGGUUAGAGGCCUGCUGGUCAGACCGUGAUUUUUGGUAUCAGCCCGUUGGUGUUUUUUUUUUGGAAGAAUAAUCCCAGCAGUUGUACUGUUGGUGUGCACUCUGAUGGUUCAAGCGAGGUGUUUGGGAGUAAUGACAAGGCCACAGUAGUGUAUCAGCACUCGAAAGGUCAUCAUGCAGCAUGCAGCAUGAUAGG